AUGACAAGAACAACUCGUAUAGAUACACAAGAAGCUACAAAGCAUAAGGAUUUACCACCAGUGCCUUCAACAUCAUUAUCAUCGAAUUCAGAAUACCUAAUGGAAUCCAAAAGUCUAGGACGAAAAAACUUCAAAAAGCUUUCUCUAGAUGCAUCUCCAGUUAAAUCAACCAGCAACAACCUAAGGAGUUCUGAUAUGAUGCUGAUAAAGGAACCAACUUCUUUGCGACAAAAGAGACAGCGUCCUCCACCUAUGCUUCACUUACCCACAUCGUCUUCAUCUACCACAUCUACUCCAACAUCCAAUAUUACAGGCACUUCAUCAGCUUCUUCUGUGCAUUUUUCACAGAAAUCCCCUGGGUCAGGUGUUAUUGUAAGUCAAACAUUAAGCCGACCUUCAAGUGCUGGCGGUAUGGGGUCUUCUGGUUACUCGGCAUUGAAUAUCAAUCAGAGCAAUAGGAAUGUCGAUCCAGAUAACGUGGUUUCAACAGAUAUGAUAUUAAACCAAAUAUCUAAUUUAGAUUUAACAAGUAUGAACCAUCAUCGCCAAAAUAGUCAUCACCACCUUCCAUCAACUAAUCGUAAACGUCAAACUGUCAUUUCUUCAAUAUCACCAACGAAAUCAUCAGCAUCAUCAUCACCAUUGGAGCCACAAAAUCAACUGUUACCUGCUUCAUCCCAGUCUCCUAUUGCCACCACUAGUGCAUUAAAGUUGAACAAUAAAGAUUUAUUGACAUUAAAACAGUUGGGUUCAGGAAACUCUGGGUCAGUGCUGAAGAUUUUACACAUACCCACACAAAAAACCAUGGCGAAGAAAAUCAUCCAUAUUGAUCUGAAAAGUGUGAUACAAACUCAAAUAAUCCGUGAAUUAAGAAUACUACACGAAUGCCAUUCUCCUUACAUCAUCGAAUUUUAUGGGGCUUGUUUAAAUAACAAUAACACUAUUGUCAUCUGUAUGGAAUAUUGUAAUUGUGGAUCAUUGGAUAAAAUAUUGCCUCUUUGUGAGAAUAGACAAUUCCCCACUUUUGUUUUGAAAAAACUAUCAUUUGCCAUUUUAUCUGGAUUAACGUAUUUAUAUACCACGCAUAAAAUUAUUCAUCGUGACAUCAAACCAAAUAAUGUGUUAAUGACUCACAAAGGAGAGUUUAAAUUGUGUGAUUUUGGUGUAUCUCGAGAAUUGACCAAUUCAUUGGCCAUGGCCGAUACUUUUGUUGGCACUUCCAUGUAUAUGUCUCCGGAAAGAAUUCAAGGAUUGGACUAUGGUGUAAAGUCUGAUGUAUGGUCUACAGGAUUAAUGUUGAUAGAACUUGCCAGUGGUGUGCCGGUAUGGUCUGAAGAUAAUAGUAAUAAUGACGACGAUGAUGAAGAUGGAGAUGAUGGUUGCAGUGGGCAAGGAAUAUUAGCAACAGAAAGAAACGGGCAAAAUAGUCCAAGCAAGAGCAGGAAGAAAAACCAAAAAGGGAAUGGUUACAACUCUUAUAAUGGACCAGAAGGUAUAUUAGAUUUAUUACAAAGAAUAGUUAAUGAAGAUGCCCCCACUUUGACAAACAAGAUCAAUCCUGUAACAAAAUUACCAUAUGACAAAUAUUUGUGUCAAUUCAUUGAUUUAUGUUUAAUCAAAGAUGAUUCAGUAAGAAAAACUCCUUGGCAAUUGCUUGAAGACAAAGAGCAUUUCUUUAAAGGGGUCGAGGAAGGUGCGUAUGACAAGGAACACAAGAGUUGGGCGAAGAAGAUUCGAAAAUGUAAAGUGUAA